CGUACCAACUUUAAAAUCAGUAAUAAUACAGAAAUGAAACGAAUAAAGAAAUGAAGGAAGACUUUGAGUAAAAGAGAGAGAGAGAGGGCAGAGAGGAGGGGAGAUUAGUAAUACUCUCAGUUGACAAAAUUUCACAUGGCAAAAUACUAGAUCAUCAAAAUCGUGCUAUGUGUGCGUUUUUUUCAUUUCAUUUCAUUGAUCACUCUGUUAUAUCCCAGUGGAAACUCAGUGCAUUAAACAGAGAGAGAGCCGUCGCCUCCUUCUCCAUUAUAAUCAUUAGCCACAUUUAUUAAUCAAUAACUGUACCAUACAUGCAUAAAUUCAUUAAUUAUUGAUAGUAUAUUGUGGAUCCAAGAAGAAGAAAAAGGGAGACACAUUCACUCCUUAAUUUAAUUUAAUUUAAUUUUGAUUAACUGCAUUGCAUGGGUAGCUACCGAGUCUGCGUCUGCUUCCGGAGGAAGUUCAAGUCAGGGGAGGCAGAACCGCCCCACGAAAUCCGAGAACUCUUCAACAAAUACUCCGAAGGUGGGGCCCACAUGACACCUGACCAACUCUGCCGCUUCCUCACCGAGGUUCAAGGCGAGGUAGUAAACGACAACGACCAACUCAACCCGCAGAAGUUGGUUGAGGAUUUGUUGCACAAACGACAUCACAUUACCAAGUUCGCGAGGCAUAAUCUCACGUUAGAUGAUUUUCAUCAUUAUCUUUUCUCCACUGAUCUCAAUCCUCCCAUCAGAUCUCAGGUUCAUCAGGAUAUGACAGCUCCAUUGACCCAUUAUUUCAUAUAUACUGGCCAUAACUCCUAUCUCACUGGAAAUCAACUCAGCAGUGAUUGUAGUGAUAUCCCUAUUAUAAAGGCAUUAAAUAGAGGUGUGAGAGUUGUUGAGCUUGAUAUAUGGCCCAAUUCCACCAAAGAUGAUAUUCUUGUUCUACAUGGAAGGACAUUAACAACACCUGUGGAGUUGAUCAAAUGUUUGAAAUCCAUUAAAGAUCAUGCUUUUUCUGCAUCUCCCUACCCAGUCAUAAUAACUCUUGAAGACCAUCUUACACCAGAACUUCAAGCAAAAGCUGCUCAGAUGAUUACUCAAACAUUUGAAGAUAUGCUGUUCUGUCCAAACGAUGAAAAUUUAACCAAUGUUCCUUCACCUGAAGAAUUAAAGUAUAGGAUCAUGAUAUCAACAAAACCUCCGAAAGAGUACUUAAAAUCUGAAAGUGUGAGGAGGGAGAGUUCCAAACAAUUGAUGAUAUCAAAAUCAAAGGAUUCUGAUGAUGAUGACUGGGGAAAGGAAGUUGCUGAUGUUGCGAAAACUAAAAACGAUGACAAGGGUGACUUUGAUACAAAUCAACAGAAUGAGGAUGAGGAAUCAAAUGAUGAAGACUAUGAAACAAAUCAGGAGAGUGAAUAUAAGCGUUUAAUCGCUAUUCAUGCUGGAAAACCUAAGGGUAGUUUGAAGGAAGCCUUAAAAGUUGAAGAUGAUAAAGUGAGACGCCUUAGCUUAAGUGAACAAGCUCUUGAAAAGGCUGCUGAAUCACUUGGAACUGAUCUUAUUAGAUUCACCCAGAAGAACUUUUUGAGGGUGUAUCCGAAGGGUACGCGGGUCACCUCCUCAAACUACAAGCCACUUGUUGGAUGGAUGCAUGGUGCUCAAAUGGUUGCCUUCAAUAUGCAGGGAUAUGGCAAAAAUCUUUGGUUGAUGAAUGGAAUGUUUAGAUCCAAUGGGGGAUGUGGUUAUGUAAAAAAGCCAGACUUUCUAAUGAAUGUAGGUCCAAACAAUGAGGUAUUCAAUCCUAAAGAUAAGUUGCAGGUAAAGAAGACUCUUAAGGUCAAAAUAUAUGUGGGUGAUGGAUGGCGUAUGGAUUUCAAACAAACUCAUUUUGACUCAUAUUCUCCGCCUGAUUUUUAUGCCAGGGUUGGCAUAGCUGGAGUGCCAGAUGAUGUAACAAUGAAGAAAACAAAGAUAAUAGAAGAUAACUGGAUACCUGCAUGGGACGAAGAGUUCACCUUUCCUUUAACUGUCCCUGAACUUGCUUUGCUCAGAGUGGAAGUUCAUGAAUAUGACAUGUCUGAGACAGAUGAUUUUGCUGGCCAAACUUGUUUACCAAUUGCUGAACUCAAACAAGGGAUCCGCGCAGUUCCACUCUUCGACCGAAAAGGAGAGAAGUACAAUUCAGUUAGGCUUCUUAUGCGAUUCGAUUUUAUUUAAGCUGUUUUUUCUGUACUUGGUGUAUGUUUCUUUUGUUGUGAAGAAGAAUGUUGUAACUUGUUUUCCAUGUCAAACGUUGCUUUUGGUUGUUUGGGUUUGAAUCAUCUGGAUUUGGCUUAAACUUUCAAAAUAUGUAUAUGCUCUGUAACUUGUUCACUUGAUUAUGUAAGUAAAUAAAAAACAGUAAUAUAUGGUUAGGAAAGACAUCAUGUCUCAAAUUUUUUUGCA